CUCCCCAUGUAGCGCAGCCCCUCGUUUCUUCAUUUCACACCCUCAUCACGGCAUUCGCCUAUAAGAGCCGACCCUCAAGCACAGCCAGCCCUCGUGUACUCAUCUAUCUUGCUCUCGUCACUUCUCAAGCACACUGCACUGCAUCACCACUUGCGCCAUCUGCCCCCGCCCCAACAUGGUGAGCCUCAAGCUGGUGUGCUUGGCUCUGGUGGUCGGUCUCGUGGUGGCCAUGCCCCUCACCGAGUCAGCCAUCACCUGUGGCCAGGUGACGAGCUGGGCGGCCCCAUGCCUCGGGUACCUGAGGGCCAGCGGAAAGAUCCCCUCAGCUUGCUGCAGCGGCAUCAGGUCGCUCAAUAAUGCUGCCAGGACCACUCAUGACCGCCGGACCGCCUGCCGGUGCGUACAGUCCGCCGCCGGCAACAUCCGGGGCCUCAACCUUGGCCUCGUGUCCGCGCUCCCAGGCAAAUGCGGGGUCCGGCGUCCCUUACAAGAUCAGCCCCUCCACCGACUGCAGCAGGGUGAAAUGAAUGUGAUUUCGUGGCCGAGGAUGAGGAAAUAAAAGGGUUCUUCUGGAACCCGCAAAGGAGCUCCACCUGCGCGAGUCUCUCCGAAUCGAUGCUGUUUCUCAUGUCCUUUUUCUUGUAUUUGUCUUGGUGAAAUAACAUUGUCAAUGUCAACCAUUGCAAUGCGAUAAUGCGUAUGUUUUUCAUACCUCGAGUUCUCUCUUCA